CUUUCUCUCUAUCAUUUAUUUCUCUACUUACUUCUUCAGUUCUCCACUCAAUUGCGUGCUCACCUCUACUCGAUCUGGUUGCUGCUUUCGGGAGUUAAAAGAAAAGGCCCUACAGGGUCAUGCCAAUAUUGGCCUCCCUACCAAAAACUUUCUUCUUUUCGCUUCAAUCUGGGCCAUCAAUGGCGCACUUUAACACCUGUAUUAGCUCCACAAUCACGGCGCAAAAGAAGGCAAGGCUGCGCGGAGUGGUGUUUGACAUGGAUGGUACACUCACAGUUCCUGUCAUAGAUUUUGCUGCAAUGUACAAAGCAGUUUUGGAUGAAGAAGAAUACAAAAUUAUCAGAUCAAAGAAUCCUUCUGGGAUAGAUAUCUUACACCACAUCGAGACAUUGAGCCCUAAUAAACAGACUAAAGCCUAUCAAAUCAUCGCAGAUUUCGAACGUCAGGGUCUUGAUCGGCUCCAGAUUAUGCCUGGUGCAAAAGAACUUUGUAGCCAUCUUGAUUCAAAGCAAGUCAGGAGGGGUUUAAUAACACGAAAUGUCAAAGAGGCUGUUGACUUGUUUCAUUUGCGGUUUGGGGUUACGUUCUUUCCUGCACUAAGUCGGGAAUUCCGGCCAUAUAAACCAGAUCCAGCCCCACUGCUACAUAUCUGCUCAACUUGGGAUAUUCAUCCUAAUGAAGUAAUUAUGGUUGGCGAUAGCCUUAAGGAUGACAUUGCUUGUGGAAGCCGAGCAGGAGCGUUUACAUGCUUGCUUGAUGAAACGGGUAGAUAUACGCCUGCUGAUUUUGCGGCUGUUGAUCACAAGCCAGAUUUCAAGGUAUCUUCUUUGGAUGAAGUUUAUACGCUGUUAGAUGCCAACUUUGAACUGAGUCCAUAAUCCCACCAAUCGAUGCUCUAAGGAUGAAAAGGUAGGUGGGAUAUGAUAUGGUUUGGACACUUUAGUAAUAUUCUAUGACUGUAUAGAUAUCUCAGCUUUAAGGGUUCCUUUUCUCUUUUUAUUUUUUUGCCUUCAUUUGGACUAUGAUCGGCUUUAAGGUUGAGUUGUUUGUUUCAUAUCAUAUAAGACCAUACGUAGUACAAACACUAAGGGCUGUAGACAUGACCCACCCCUUUUAUGUUCACUGAUGAAGUAUAAAGCAAAAUUAUUGUGAUGAAUAUAUGCAAGGCUUUCUGAUC